AUGACUCAGGUUAAGAAGAUCUGCUGCAUCGGUGCCGGCUACGUCGGUGGCCCCACCUGCGCCGUCAUCGCACUCAAGUGUCCCCACAUUCAGGUCACCAUCGUCGACCUCAACCAGAAGCGUAUCGACGCCUGGAACUCUGACAACCUCCCCAUCUACGAGCCUGGACUUGACGAGGUCAUCAAGACCGCCCGUGGCCGCAACCUCUUCUUCUCGACCGACGUUGACAAGGCCAUUGCCGAGUCCGACCUCAUUUUCGUCUCGGUCAACACCCCCACGAAGAAGUCUGGUAUCGGAGCUGGCUUCGCCGCCGACCUCAAGUUCCUCCAGCUCGCUACCCGCCGCAUCGCCGAAAUCGCGACCUCGCCCAAGAUUGUCGUCGAGAAGUCGACCGUCCCCUGCCGCACCGCCGACUCGAUGCGCACCAUCCUUGAGGCCAACCACCGCCCAGGUGUCACUUUCGACAUCCUCUCCAACCCCGAGUUCCUUGCUGAGGGCACCGCCAUCAGCGACCUCUUCGCCCCCGACCGUGUCCUCAUCGGUUCGCUCCAGACCAAGUCGGGUCUCGCUGCCUGCGCUGCCCUCGCCGAGGUCUACAGCAACUGGGUCCCCAAGGACCGCAUCCUUACGGUCGGCCUGUGGUCGUCCGAGCUCUCCAAGCUCGCUGCCAACGCUAUGCUUGCCCAGCGUAUCUCGUCCAUUAACGCACUCUCGGCUGUCUGUGAGGCCACUGGCGCCAACAUUGACGAGGUCGCGUACGCUGUCGGCAAGGACACCCGUGUCGGCUCCAAGUUCCUCAAGGCGUCGGUCGGCUUUGGCGGCUCGUGCUUCCAGAAGGACAUUCUCAACCUCGUCUACCUCGCCGAGUCGCUCCACCUCCCCGAGGUCGCCCGCUACUGGCGCGCUGUUGUUGAGAUGAACGAGUACCAGAAGGAGCGCUUCUCCCGCAAGGUUGUCGAGACCCUCUUCAACACCAUCACCGGCAAGAAGAUUGCCAUCCUCGGCUGGGCGUUCAAGAAGGACACUGGUGACACCCGCGAGUCCCCGGCGAUCUCGAUCGCCAACCACUUCCUUGAGGAGAAGGCGCGCAUCACCAUCUACGACCCCAAGGUCACCGAGGAGCAGAUUUGGCUCGACCUUACCGACGAGGGCACCAAGUCGGCCGACCCCAUCAAGCCUCACAUCUCGAUCCAGGAGUCGGCGGAGGCGGCGUGCAAGGACGCCGAGGCUAUUGUUGUCUGCACCGAGUGGGACGAGUUCAAGACGCUCGACUGGCAGAAGAUCUACGACAACUGCCCCCGUCCUGCGUUCGUCUUUGACGGCCGCCUGAUGCUCGACCGCCCGUCUCUCCAGCAGAUUGGCUUCAAGGUCAUCACCAUCGGAACCUGUGACGGCCUCUAA